GGCCACUCAAGUCAGGAAUCAUCAAGCGACUAUCAGUUGUUUGCAUGACUCACGACAAUAAAUUCAUUCUGUAGACAGAUCAUAGGAGCACAGAAUGUGGAGCAAAUCAGACAUAGAUUACUCAGUGUAUUUAGUAACCAUCAAUGAGCUGGUUCCGGAGGGAUUGACCAUUUAUGAUCAAGUUGAGAAAUCGUUGCAAAAUGGUUCCACUAUUGUUCAGCUACGAGAGAAAGAAUUGGACACUGGUGCAUUCAUUGACAGGGCAAGAAAAAUUCAUGAAAUAACCCAGAAAUAUGGUGUUCCACUAAUUAUUAAUGAUAGAGUUGAUAUUGCAAUGGCAGUAGAUGCCGAAGGAGUUCAUGUUGGCCAAGAUGACAUGGACCCUGUUUUGGUAAGGGAAAUGAUUGGAAAUGACAAAAUUUUGGGCGUUUCUACUAGAUGUGAGGAAGAAUUAAUGAAAGUUAUUAAUUCUCCGGCAUUAAUUGACUACGUAGGAAUGGGCACUGUUUACUCUACAUCCACCAAAAUAGUAAAACGGGCUCCACUAGGGCCAGCUGGUGUCAAGGAGUUGCUUAAGGUUAUUUCCCUGAACAAGCCAAAAUUGAAAAGUGUAAUUAUAGGCGGUUUGAAUAAGUAUAAUAUCGCAUGGACUUUAUCUUCGUGCGCAUAUCAAGGGCUGAACACUAAUGGUGUUGCGGUUGUCUCUUGCAUAAUGGGGCAAUCUGAUGCUGGUUUAGAAACCAAAGAAAUAUUGGAAAGUGUUCGUCUCGGUUACGGAAAAUCACUGGCUGAAAAUCAAGUUGUCAAUAUCAAGCAAGAAGCAGCUGUUGUUCACUUCAUUACUAAUUCAGUUGCAAAAUACUUUUCUGCAAAUAUUUGCAUAGCAGCUGGCGGUUCUCCUAUAAUGUCUGAACUCGCCGAUGAAUUCAAAUCAUUUUCUAAGAUCCCAAAAAUUGGACUAGUACUCAACACUGGAACGCCUACCUCUUCUUCCAUUGGCAUUUACAAAGCAGCAAUAAAGGCAUAUAAUUCUCAGAUGAAGCCAAUCAUUUAUGAUCCAGUUGCAUGUGGUGCUACUAAAGGAAGACAGGAAAUCAUGCAGGAGGUUCUGUCGGCCGGACAAUUUACUGUUAUUAAAGGUAACUUGGCUGAAAUCUGCACUGUUGCCGGAGUCGAUGGAAGUAAAAUGAGGGGUGUUGAUUCGGUAAUGGAAGUUGCUAUUGAGGAAAUAGUUCCAAUCAUUUCAAAACUAGCCACUAAUAAGAAAUGUGUUAUAGUCAUGACAGGCGAAACUGAUAUCGUUGUUGACGGUAUCAUACCCACACCUGAGCCAAGAGUCACUUUAGUCAAAGGCGGUAAUCCCUUAAUGGCCGAGAUAACGGGCUCUGGAUGCGCAUUAGGUGGCGUUAUAGCUGCUUAUGUCGCCUCAACCUCUUUCCAUAACGCCUACGAAGCUACUGUCAAAGCAGUGACAUUGUAUAAAAAUGCAGGAUAUGAAGCUGGAAAUAUCAGUAGAGGGCCAGGAAGCUUCACAGCUAACUUUUUAGACGAACUCUACUGUAUGAAGCAGAGAAAUGAUAAAAGCGAUGGGAAUCUAUCAUGAGUGAAUUCAUGGUAUAACUAUAGCGUAUAUAAUUACUUAUUUAGAAUGGCAAUUUACUUUGUGUCUUAUCAGCCGUUGAAGGGGUAGCUUUUUUGGGCUUACUUUUGUCGUUCUUGCUCCUGUCGGAUCUUUUCAGCAAGCGCUCACCAUAAGAUUCUUCAAAGUCCUGGUUAAUUUUGGUUUCCAAGUCCAACGCCACAUGAAAAUCUUGAUGUGUCUGCCACUCCAAUAGGUCAAUGGCUUCAUCGCAUCUAUUGCAAAUACGCUUACUAUCUUCAUCAGCAACCUCAUCAAUUUUCG